AUGAAGGCAAACUCCUCUUCUCCAACUCUACCUCCAGGGCCAUGGAAGCUUCCUCUCAUAGGAAACAUGCACCAGUUGGUUGGCUCUCUACCGCACCACGGCCUGAGAGAUUUAGCUAAGAAAUAUGGACCCCUAAUGCGCCUACAACUUGGAGAACUUUCUAUGGUGGUUGUUUCGUCUGCGACAAUGGCAAAAGAGGUGAUGAAAACCCAUGAUAUCAAUUUUGCUGACCGGCCUUUUCAUCUUGCUGCAAGUAUUAUAUCAUAUAAUUCUACAGACAUUGCCUUUGCGCCCUAUGGAGUUUAUUGGAGACAACUUCGAAAAAUUUGCACAAUGGAGCUAUUGAGUGCAAAACGUGUCCGAUCAUAUCGAUCAAUCAGGGAAAAAGAGGUCUCGAAACUCAUCCAAUCUAUUUCUGCACAAGAAGGAUCCACGAUAAAUCUAAGUAAAAUGGUUUCGUCUUUCACUUUUGCCACCAUUUCGAGGGCGGCCUUUGGUAAAAAAUGCAAAGAUGAAGAAGAAUUCGUAUCACUGGUUGAGGAAACUGUGGUAGCAGCAGGAGGUUUCAGUGUUGCAGAGCUCUACCCUUCUGUAAAACUGCUAGCUUUGAUCAGUGGGAUGAAGGCUAAGCUUGAGAAGAUUCAUCAAAAAGUUGACAGGAUCAUUGAAAACAUCAUCAAGGAACAUAAAGCUCGAAAGGUGAUAAAGACGACAUCUGAUGAUGAAUCAGACGAAGAUCUUGUAGAUGUUCUUCUAAGAGUUCAGGAGAAUGGUGACCUUGAAUUUCCCUUAACAACCGAUAAUAUUAAAUCAGUGAUCAUGGUUAGUAAAUUUAUGUUUUCUGCUUAUAUAUCUUGUCCCUUUUUUUUGCAGUUUUACAGUCAGAAAGUUAAUUGUUCUUCCAGAUGAGCAAGUAAACAUUAAAUCUAGCACUUAAGACUAGACACCCCUGCAAGUUCCACAUAUUCACUAAAUUAAUCCCCAUUGAAAAGGCACAAGUUUUUCAUUCGAGAAAACGAAGUUUUAAGCUUGGGAUGUAAGCUUAGUCUAAUCUCAGAUUGAAAAACUACAGAAACAUUUAACUAGUGUCAGCCAAUGACAAGAUCAGAGGAAUUCACCUGCAGAAAAUUGGUUUAUAUCAAUAACUUGUUUGGAACUUGAACAAGUAAAACUGUC